AUAGGGUGAACGCCUGAACGGUGUGGCCCUUCGCCUUCGAUGCGGCGAGGGAGUAUUGAUCGGCCUGGGAGAUUAUCCUUAUCCAACGGUUGUUAGUGAGAUCUGACGGUCUCGUGAUUUUAAAUGUCGAAGCAGAGCGGUUUUUGCUUUUUUAAUUAGUUCAAAUUGUGGUGUACCAGUAGCGCAAGGAAACUACUCUCGGGCGACUGUCUACUGUGGAAUCACAGAUCGAUCGAGAGAGAGAGAGAGAGAGAGAGAGAGAGAGAGAGAAGCGUAGAGAGCAGUGGAUUGGUGGUAAUAUGGAUUCGGAAGAGCAGAAGCAGGUGGAGACAGGGAGAGCAGAGAGAUCGGUGUGGCUGAUGAAGUGCCCGCUGGUGGUGUCGAAGUCAUGGCAGGCGCAUACCUCCGAUCCUCACCCCCUCGCCAAGGUCAUCCUCUCCGUGGAUCCUCUUCAUUCUGAAGAUCCUUCUUCCCUUCAGUUCACGAUGGAAUUGGCCGGCACUGAGUCUGCAAGUAUGCCAAAGAACUAUUCAUUGAAUAUGUUUAAAGACUUUGUCCCAAUGUGCGUUUUUUCUGAGACAAAUCAAGGAAGGGUUGCGGUUGAAGGAAAAGUGGAACAUAAAUUUGACAUGAAGCCCCAUAACGACAAUAUUGAAGAGUAUGGAAAAUUGUGUCGUGAAAGGACAAACAAAUCCAUGAUUAAAACUAGACAAAUACAGGUGAUUGACAAUGACCGUGGAGUACUUAUGAGGCCAAUGCCUGGAAUGAUUGGGUUGCCCAAUUCUAAGGAUAAGAAGAAGGCAACACCUGUGAAAGGAUCAGAAAUGAAAAGAACAAGACGAGAUCGUGGGGAACUAGAAGAUAUUAUGUUCAAGCUCUUUGAGAGGCAACCAAACUGGGCAUUAAAGCAACUGGUCCAAGAGACUGACCAACCUGCGCAAUUCUUGAAAGAGAUAUUGAACGAGUUGUGUGUGUACAAUAAGAGGGGAACAAAUCAAGGAACUUAUGAGCUAAAGCCAGAAUAUAAAAAAUCGGCUGCAGAUGCUGAUGCUGAAUAGAGUAUUUUAUUGGUGAGCUCAACUGAUUAUGCAAGCUAUUCACUACUGUUCAAGGAAGGAGAGCUUCACCUUAGGGUUGACUGUACAUACUCUGAGAUCUAUGAUGUAAUAAUGACCCCAAUUGAAGCGAAAGGAAGAAACUAGAUUUAAAACAGGCCAACAGGGAAUAAGAGGGGCAUACAAAAUGAAUGUUACCAAUAUGGAGCAUAGCCAUCUGAUGCACUGUCUUAGCUGCCCACAUCACCUCAAUGUAUGUUUUUAGUGCAUCAUGGCCAGUGAAGGGUUAGUGAAGCUGAGUCCAGCCCAGUUUAGCAGAUAUCUUGAACCGGUUCAGCUUUGAUCUGAACAAGGAAGAUCUAAUGGACUUGAUUACUAUUUUCAUAGUUGAGUUGCUAGUGUUAUGUAAGAUUAAGGAAAAUUCUUAUUAGUAUUCUAAUAAUAAGUUGCUAUUUUGAUUUUUAUUA